AUGGCCAACCCCUCGGCCACACCCAGCUCCAUCCCCUCGUGGAUGGAGCGGUUCGACAUCACCGAUCCCUCCGCGAGGCCCUUCCCUUACCUUGUCACGGCCUUUCUCUUGGCCAUCGUCGUGUACUCCCUCCAGGGUCCGAGAUAUCCCAAGAACAUCAAGCACCUGAACCCUAGGGGUCCUCUCGAGUUUAGCGACACAAGACCGAAGAAGGAGUUCGUAGAUGGCUCUCGGGAGAUGAUUGCGAAGUGGUUCAAGGCCAACCCGGAUAAGCCUUGCCGUGUCAUCAGCGACUUUGGUGAGGUCAUAUUGUUGCCGCCGCGUUUUGCGAAUGAGAUCAAGAGUGAUGAUCAGUUGAGCUUUUCGAAGUGGAGUUAUAAGGCCUUCCAUGCGCAUCUCCCUGGCUUCGAAGGGUUCCGUGAGGGUAGCCGGGAUUCGCACAUUGUCCAAGAGGUCAUCAUGAGAGAUCUUACCAAGUACUUGAACAAGGUCACUGAGCCCCUCGCCGAGGAAACUUCCUUGGCGAUUGAGGACAUCCUCCCCAAGCACGCCAACGGCGAGUGGUCCACCAUCAACAUCCGCCAGAAGAUCCUCCCCAUCAUCGCCCGCAUCUCUUCCCGCGUCUUCCUCGGCGAGGAACUCUGCCGCAACGAGGAAUGGCUCAAGGUUACCCAGGAGUACACACUGGACGGCUUCCGCGCCGCCGAAGAGCUUCGUCUCUGGCCCGCCGCCCUCCGGCCUAUCGUCCACUGGUUCCUCCCCUCCUGCCAGGCCGCCCGCGCCCACGUCCGCGUAGCCCGCUCGAUCAUCGACCCGGUCCUCAAAAAGAGACGUCAAGAAAAGGCAGCCAACGGCGGCAAAGCUGAGCACGACGACGCGAUUGAGUGGUUCGAGCGGACGGCCAAGGGCAAGUACUACGACCCAGCAGUUGCGCAGCUGAACAUGUCCCUGGCGGCCAUCCACACCACGUCCGACUUGGUGUGCCAGGUAAUGACCGACCUGAUGCAUAACCCCGAAUACAUUGCCCCCCUGCGCGAGGAGAUGAUCCAGAUCCUCAGCGAAGGCGGGUGGAAGAAGACGUCGCUGUACAACAUGAAGCUGCUCGACAGCGUCAUCAAGGAGUCUCAACGUGUCAAGCCCAUCGGCAUGGCCUCCAUGCGUCGCUACGUCGGCAAGGACCUGACUUUGUCAGACGGCACCUUCAUCCCCAAGGGCGGCAACGUGGCGGUCUCGGCGCACAACAUGUGGGACUCGGAAGUGUACGAGCAGCCGGACAAGUGGGACGGAAGACGGUUUUUGAGGAUGCGCGAGACGCCCGGAAAGGAGAACAUGGCGCAGCUGGUGAGCACGGGGCCGGACCACUUGGGGUUCGGACACGGGCAGCACGCAUGCCCCGGACGGUUCUUUGCGGCGAAUGAGGUCAAGAUUGCCGUGAUUUAUCUGCUGCUGAAUUACGAGUGGAGGCUGCCGGAGGGGUCUGAUCCCAAGGUGAGGACGUUUGGGUUCUCGAUGGGGGUGGAUCCGUCUUUGAAGGUUGAGUAUAAGGGAAGACAGGCGGAGAUUGAGCUUUGA